AAAAGGGGGGAGGAGGACGGGCAGCUGAUAGCUGAUGGGACGCUGUUGGCUGAGAGGAGGCAUUCGGGGAAGGACAGAAACCCCAUCAAUUAAAGUAGGUGUGGUAGGCGGAAGAAUGCCUCCCCCAAAGAUGCCCACAUCAUUCCCAGAACCUGCCAAUGUGUUAGGUUGCAUAGCAAAGGGGACUUAGAUUGUAGAUAGAAUUACUGCUCUCAGGAUAAGAAGGACAUGAGAGGCUUGGAGGGAAACAUGGAUUAGUGAGAAGGGAGCCUGGACGCCCAGAGACGCGAGGGAAGGUUAGAGAAACUGCUUUUGUUUCCUCGCCCCCGGGAGCUUCUUGCCUUUUGUUUUUUCCCUUUGAACAUGUGAAGGGCCUGCGAGUACUGGUCCUGGGGGUCAGCGGUUCCAGUUUUCCUAAACUCUCUAAAGAUCUGGAUGCAGCAGAAUUGUGGCGCUCCACAUCCUUAUGUUGAAAAGCAGAAACCCUUUGUUCCUCCUCCCGCAACUGACCAUGUGGGGCCUGUGUCCCUGGCAGCUGGACGUGGCAGCUCUGCAGAAGGAACUGGACAAGAGCCAGAGCGUGUUCUCUGGGAACCCGUCCGUGUGGCUGAAGGACCUGGCCAGCUAUCUCAACUACAAGCUCCAAGCCCCUCUCAGUGAGCCCACGCUAAGCCAGCACACUCACGAUUACCCCUAUAGCCUGGUGAGCCGCGAGCUGCGUGGGAUCAUCCGAGGGCUGCUGGCAAAGGCGGCGGGGUCCCUGGAGCUCUUUUUUGACCACUGUCUGUUCACCAUGCUGCAAGAGCUGGACAAGACACCAGGGGAGUCGCUCCAUGGCUACCGUAUCUGUAUCCAGGCCAUUCUGCAAGACAAGCCCAAGAUCGCCACCACGAACCUGGGCAAGUUCUUGGAACUGCUGAGAUCCCACCAGAAUCGACCAGCAAAGUGUCUGACCAUCAUGUGGGCCCUGGGCCAAGCAGGUUUUGCCAACCUCACCGAGGGACUGAAAGUGUGGCUGGGGAUCAUGCUGCCUGUGCUGGGCAUUAAGUCCUUGUCCCCCUUCGCCAUCGCAUACCUGGACAGGCUGCUCCUGAUGCACCCCAACCUCACCAAGGGCUUUGGCAUGAUUGGCCCCAAGGACCUCUUCCCACUUUUGGACUUUGCCUAUAUGCCCAACAACUCCCUGACACCCAGCCUGCAGGAGCAGCUGUGUCAGCUCUACCCCCGAUUGAAGGUGCUGGCAUUUGGGGCCAAGCCGGAAGCCACCCUGCAUACCUACUUCCCCUCCUUCCUGUCCAGAGCCACCCCUGACUGCCCUCCUAAGAUGAGGAAAGAGCUCCUGAGCAGCCUGACCGAAUGCCUGACGGUGGACCCCCUCAGUGCCAGUGUCUGGAGGCAGCUAUACCCCAAGCACCUGUCACAAUCCAGCCUGCUGCUGAAGCAUUUGCUCAGGUCCUGGGAGCAGAUUCCCAAGAAGGCACAGAAGUCUUUGCAAGAAACCAUUGAAUCCUUCAAGCUUACCAACCAGGAGCUGCUAAGGAAAGGCAGCUGUAAUAACCAGGAUGUCGUCACCUGUGACAAAGCCUGCAAGGGGCUGCUGCAGCAGGCUCGGGGGUUCCGGCUGCCCUGGACACGGCUACUCCUGUUGGUGCUGAUCUUUGCCAUAGGUGUCCUGUGCCACGACUUCCGGUCACACAGCUCCUUCCAGGACUCCUUUUCUGGCCGGUUGCUUCAAUCAUCUGGUUUCUUGCCUGCUGGCCAAAAAGCAUGUGCCAAGAUCUACUCCUACAGCCUGCAAGGCUACAGCUGGCUAGAGGACACGCUGCCGGCCUGGGGCUCUCACCUGCUGACUGUCGUGAGGCCCAGCGUGCAGCUCGCCUGGACCCACGUCAAUGCCACAGUCAGCUUCCUUUCUGCCCACGGUGCCUCCCACCUUGUCUGUUUCGGUGACAGCCUCGCCAGCCUCUCCCAGAGGCUCCCUGAUGUCCUGAUACAGCUGCUCCAUUCUCUGAGGGAGCUGCUCCUGCUGCUGUACCACAGUGUGCUGUUGCCAGUGUGGCACCUGCUGCUUGAGGCCCUGGCCCAGGCCCAGCAGCACUGCCACCAGGUGUGCAGAGGUCCGGUGACCUGGGACUGCGUGAAGACACAGCUCAGUGAGGCUGCCCACUGGACCUGGCUCUGCCUGCGGGACAUCACAGCGGCUUUCUUGGACUGGGCGCUCGCCAUGAUAUCCCAGCAAUAGGCCCUGCCUCCUUGGCCACUCGUCUCUGUCUGAGACGGGCCACCUGAGACUGCUGGAGGCAGUUCUGCAUGGGGUCUUUUUUACUUGGUGCCUGAGUUCUGUACUCUAGGCCAGUUGUCUCUUCCCCAGUUUUUGGUGAUGACUGAGCCCAGAGGUAUCUCAGCCUCCUCCACGAUUCCACUGAACACUUCUCUGGCCCUAUCGCACAUAGCUCCCAGCAUCUGCCCUGGGCUGGUAGCCUCUCUAGCCUCCUCUCUCACCUCCUGCCUUCCAUCUCACUCCCGAAGCCCCAAACACCUCAUCCCCAAAGGUGGGUCUCCAGUGAGUGGCUUCUGCAUUCUUCGAUGAAUGAUUUCUGCUCCCACACUUCAACCACAGCAGGAAAAGGAAAGGGACUCCCAGAAGUCUAUGGCACCACAGUGGGGAAGAGCAGCUUCACUUCUGCCCACAGCCUGCACCGCAAAAUGCCCAGCGUAGGUCCUUCCAGCCCCUCUCUGCCCCCUCCAUCGCGAUCCGUUCUCCUCACCACUCCCCUUCAGUGCUGGGGGUGUGGAGGGCCUCCGCUGUCGCCUGCCCCUCCAUCUGUCGGGGGAGCAGAGUCCAGUUAGUUGUGUGCCUCGGCCCGGGGAACCUUCCAGCAGCCGGUUGAGACAGGCUUCAGUAUAUGGCUCCUGGAUAUGCCUACAGGUGGAAUAAAGGACACAGCUUUGAUUUCUAGCUUUCCUCUCUGCCUCCUCUUAUAGGAAUUCCCAUAGCUGUGGACAGGAUAAAUACAGGCGCCUGCACAUUCCCCUGGGCCCCCUGCCCGCCUAAGGGCCGUAGCUCCUGCGGUAAUUGCAUUUCUGGUUAAGGAAGCCCACACCCAUCCCAAACUUGGGUCUGUGGAGGGUUCUGGACCUCUUCCUGCGCCCCUUGUCUCACUGUCACUGUGAUUCAUGUCCCACUUGUGAUUUGCCUUGACGGCUGGUGUGAUGUAUGCGUGGAAAUGCAGGGAAGAGUCUCCUGGGGGAAUUCUUGGCCAGCAAUCAGGUGUCUUCUUCCUUGCCAGGACCUUAUUAAUCGGUUUGUUUUCUAAGGCAGCGAGUGAAAGAUUUAGAACUCUAAGAGGCAGGAUCAAGGGUUUAUCACCAGAGUCUCUUUUAAUUUUUGACUUGAGACUGUCAUAACUGCACGGGUUUUAGUUCUCACCGGGUUUUAGUUCUCACCUCGAGUUUCUUGGAUGUUUCUAAACCAGCAGUACCAGAGGUGCACUGCCCACUCACAUUUUUGUUCCCUUGUUAGAAUGUUACCUCUUGGGAGUUAAAUAGCCCACGUUGGGCAGAACCCAGCUCUCCUAGUGGCAGAUAGCCAUGACCAUUUUUUCACAGAAAUUGGAAACCCUGCCUGGCAAAGAGCAAUGGUCUAGGGCUGCUGGACUGGACUGCCUAAGGGUCCCAUAACGUGUCCUAUUUCCUCAAUUCUUCCUCACCAAUCAGAAACAAAUGGGUUCAGUUCUUAGGAACAGUGACGCUUUGGAACUGGCCUGUAUUCAUGGCAAGUAGAAGGGGCUGGUAUGAUCCUACACUGGCAACAGCAAAGGACAAAGCGAUGACACUCCUGCAAUGUCCUCGAGUCCAGCCAAGGCUGCUGGGCUGAGUCCUUGCAAUCCAGCAACUGCAAGGAUGCUACUUACAAGUGCUUCACUGGCUUCUAAUGUGUGUACUACACUGGGUUCCUUUCAUUUCUGACAUAAUCUUGGGGUGCAACAUUUCCCUUCAACACUAACACCUGAAUUGGCUUUGAUAGAUGUAGUUGGUUGACCCAAUAUUGGAAUUGCCAAAAAUUUUUCCUGUGUCAAGGGAGUAGGCCAGCGUUUCACCUGCUGGCCAGUAAUGCUAAACCAGAUAUCCAGAUGUUUCAUUUUUGCAGAACUGUCAACAAACUAGUCCAAACAGCCAGUGAGUUGAACCAGUGUGGACUAGUGGAGCGAGCACACUGGUGCUGACAGGUGGGCAGGGACUGUUGGUGUUCUUAGAACAGAGUCUGACACCUCGGAGGGUCACAUCUGGACAUGGUAACUACUUUUCACACACAGCUGGAGUUCUAUAGAUAACGUGCCAUAAAGCUGAAGGGCAGUUUAAAUAUGGUUAUCUCUUACUAACUUCAGUUAUUAACAAAUGGUGUUGAACUGCAAAUUAGAUCAAAAGACUCAUUUGAAACACGUUUUUCUAAGCUUAAACUGUUUCCACAUUCCUCUGGUGAUUUGUACCCAGUCUACAGCUUUAGAGCAGGCCAACUUGAUGGACCAGCCCGACUUACUGUGGAUAGAUGAUCUUGCCAGGCAGAUAACGCUGGUCUCACCUGCUGGCCUAUUCUCAAAUGCCCCCACCCUUGAGGGGAAGUGUUGCCCACAGAGAGGACGUGCCUUGCCUGCCCUAGCCCAGAAUGACCCAGUUGUCACUUACACUGAAAUUUCAGUGGUUGGAUGACCUCAGCAUUUUAAUGCUGCCUUAUCUCCUAAAUGAGUUUGAAUUUAAGUGAACACUUCAAGUGAUCUAACUUUUUUUAAAUUUUUCUUCAUGGUUCUGCUCCCAAAAGCGCUUGAGGGGAUAAAGGACUGUGCUUUUCCCCAUGUGAUAUUCCAUUUUACUGGGUGUUUUUCAUUGCCCCACACUUGAGGUAGAAGAAAUUUGAGGGGACGGGAGCUUCCAUUGUUCAGGGUAUGAGUGAAUAUUUAUUGAAUAUUGGAUAUUCUGCCUAUGAAUAAAAUAACUGAACUCAGACACA